ACCCACCGUCCUAAAAAUUUACCCUGUGGAGACACCAUUUGUAAAGGAUGCGUGCAGAAUCCUGCCUUCAGAAAGAAGUGCCCAACUUGCCAGAAGGCGUUCAAAACUGAUGAUAUCCCAGACAACGUCCCACUGAUCCGCUUGAUAGAGGAGGACGCACCACCCUGCAAGAAGCCUCGGACCGAGGAUCCAGAGCUGCAGCAACUACAGCGGGGCGCGGUCGCGGGGCGGAAGGUGGUGGAGAUGCUGCGGCUGGUGGUUCCUCAGGCGGUCGAGGUGCUGAACCGCCAGCUGGAGUGGUCGGUCGCCCAGCUCGGCGAGGUGGAGCAGGCCCUGGAGAGGCGGGUGCAGCGGGAGGCGGCCGGCGAUGUGGGCACCACGUCGGACGCCGUGGAGGAGCCGCUGCAGCUGGCCGAGCAGCUGGAGGCCAGCCACCGCCUGCUCACCUCCACCAAGUGCACCGUCGCUGCCGAAGAGGAGGGUGGCUCGUCCUGGACGGCCUCUGUGCAGCCCGGCGGGUGCGGCGACAUCCUGCGCGUCCUGCUGCUGCGGCUGCGGGCGGACGGCCAGCUGGGAGAGGUUGACGACGCCAUCGCCGUUACUGACGGCCCUGCUGCGGCUCACGUGGGGCCGCCUCUCAUCAAUAUCCUUACGAUAAAUGAUGCACACCUCCAGGAUGGUAGUUUAAAGGUGAAUGACAUUCUUCGUGACGUCAAGAAGCAAUGGAACACUCCCCGCAGUUUGCGGCACUUAAGGGGCGACGGCUCUGAGGACCUGCUUCGGGUCAUAGGGCCACACCUCGAGGAGCUGGAGAUCUGGGGGAACGUUCAGCCGAGCGUCAUGGAGGAGGUGCAGAAGAUGUCGGGACUCAGAAGGCUGGAAGUUGAAUGCGCUCAUAAUGUGGAAUACCCGGACCUUCCGUUACAGCUGGAAGAGCUCAGUUUAUAUUCUGUAACUGAGAAUCAGCUGCGUUGUGUGGAGCGCAUGCCGAGGCUGCGCAGCUUGACGAUAAACAAUUAUUGUGGCCCGAAUCUGACUGUGCGUACCUCGCAGCAUGACAGACUGGUGUGGCUCGGCGUGGCUAUUGAUACCGACCACAAGCCGACCAUGCUUUCAAUUAUUCGCGCCAAUGCCUCGUCUCUGCAGGAGCUUCGUGUGUUCUGUUCGUACUCUCCCAUUGGAUACUGGAGGAACUAUUACUUUCCCGACCUGGGCCAGGAGCUGGCGGCGUGCGGCCUGCGGGUGCUGCGGCGACUUGUGCUUCUACGUCAUGUGAAAAAUGGUCCGUGCUUAAGGCAGGCCGCUGACUGCAUGCUACAGCAACGGACCAUUCGCAGAUUUUUGCCCCCAUCCGUUGAAGUGGUUUGCGGGGUAUGUCAGUCACAGCAAUUCUAGGAUUAUUUCUCUCAUUGCGUGCUAAACAUGCUAUCCAUAAUGUAGGUUGCUGCUUGUCAGCUAACUUGCUCAAUACUCAUAAGGAUUUGUGAAAUGUUUUAAAUUAAGUUAAAUUAAGUUUUAAAUUAAGUUUUUUUUUCUUGUUACUUCGAGCUGUUUGAACAGUCCGACCUGUGAAAAUAUAAAAUACAUUCGUCCAAUUUA